AUGCCCAAAGAGUCGGAACAGCCCACUACAAUAGCUGCUGUGCAAAACUGUCCACCUCAAGAAGAACAACUCUUUGAUUUGUCAAGAAUAUCAAAGCUGUCAAUUGCGUUGCGCAUGGUAGCACGCGUAGGAAAAUACCUACACCGGGUGGUAGCAAAAGUGAACGAGAAGAGACAUUCUCCGAUAGAAAUCCACCAUGUAACCAAAUUCGGUACAAAUUUCGAUAUAACUGCUGACGAUAUCAAAGCAGCAGAAAUCGUUCUCCACGCAGACAUUCACAAGAAUGUGGAUGCAGAUGAGCUUAGUAGAAAGUUCAGAAACAUGAACAUUGUUCGCGACAAAUACGGUGUAAUCAGACACAUUUCUCGAUUGCAACAUGCCCCAAUACCAAUCGAUACAAAAUCUCCCAUCUUUCUGCCAAGCAGAAGCGAGAUGACCCGACUGGUUCUGAUCGAUAUGCACUGCCAUAAUUUCCAUUGCGGUAAAGACCAGACGUUAUCGCUGGCACGGCAAAAAUACUGGAUACCGCGUGCAUCUGGAUCAUUCAAGUAUUACUUGAAAAAUUGCGCGGUCUGUAAGCGUUGGAAUGGACUGCCAUUUGGUUCUCCACAAAUGCCCUCAUUACCAACAGAUAGGGUGAUGGUCACAAAACCAUUUAGUAAUGUUGGUUGCGACUACAUCGGUCCGUUUUGUUCCAAGAAUGGGGACAACAUGUAUAUUGCCCUUUACACUUGCCUAGUUACUAGAGCAGUCCACUUGGAAGUAGUUGAAAACUUAUCAGCUGGAGCAUUCCUGAACUCAUUCAUACGAUUUGUGUCAAGAAGAGGUGUUCCGAAACUAGUGCGCUCCGACUGCGGAACAAAUUUCCGCCUUGGUUCCAAAAUCAUCGAAGAACUCUCUAAACCUUGCGAAUACGAGGCGCAAUCCGUCAUGAGUUACAGUGUCACAAACGGUAUCAAAUGGUUAUUCAAUCCACCAGCCAGCCCUUGGAUGGGCGGAGUUUGGGAGCGGCUCGUUGGUUCCGUUAAACGAUGCUUGAGAAAAGAUGCACUGACUCACGACACAACCGAAGAAAUCGCAACUCGGCGUGUUCUGCCUCGUUCUGCAAAGACAAGAGCUUAUGAUGUCAUCAGAAACUUCGAAGAAAGCCUCGAGGAAACUCAGUCACAAUCAAGCACUAACGCUAUGCAAGGGUCACAAGUGUUGCCACCCUCACGGAACUCCAAAGUAGCCAAUGGAUCGAUAAAAACUGCUAUGCUACUUACCGUGAUGAUCGCUGCUCUGAUAUCUCCAUCCAGUGCCCAUCAUGCAACAUGUCGAGAAGGUGUAGUCGAAAUACGGGAACGGAACACUUCGUACGAGCUUUGUUUCAAUUCCGAGUGCAAAACAUUCCCCGGCUCCAGUGAGAUACGCACUUACAAACUACCGCCGUCACCCACGCAAUCGCACACCAAAGUUGCGAUAAAAUAUGUUGAAGAUGAAACACCCACCGAUUAUGCCCUGAUGUGCUCAAAUCCUGACUUCUGUGCAUUAUCAAGAUCACUACUUAGCAUAUCAUUGCUAGGGAACCCAAACUGUUGGCCGGUUGGUGCUGUUAUAACCGUUGCCAUGAUCUUCUACUUAAUUAGUAUGCUGAUUCUCAUAUCACUGUGGGGAAUGUUAUCACUUAUCAGAAUCACCCGUAAGAGUCCUGCACCAAUGCAAAAUGUAUACUCUAUCAAUGUACCUCAAGAAAAUGUCCAGCUACAUUCCUUGAAUCCGACUCCGUUGAGCGGUGGGUUAGUAAUCACAUUGUGUAUUGCAGUAUUGGCAGGAACGAAUGCGGUGGAUGCAUGCCAACAUGGUUUCACCCGAUAUAGCACCAAUAUUGUAUGCGAUCAAAACAAUAACUGCAACUUGGAAUUCAGCAGAGAACUCUUGUUCAACAGGAUCCAGAACGAGCAUUGCAUUGAAAUCCGCCACCAGAACAAAACGGUCGGUCUGCUCAAGAUAAAAUUAAGAGCUGCUAGUCUAAUCUGCUCCAAAGAAUCGAUAACGUACACCAGAAGUACGAUUCACCGGGUGUACUCAGCUGUCAGAUGCUCCCAAGCAGGCUCCUGCCACGGAAACAUAUGCGACACGAUCAGUCGAAACGAUACUGUUCCGGAGCUGUCGCAAGCAAGAGACUUUCCAGGAUACACUGGAUGUCAAUACACUUGCGGAGGGAUGAGCUGCGGCUGCCUCUUGCCAUCCCCCUCCUGCACCUUCUAUAAGGUCGCUCAUAUACCCGUGUCCGGAACGGUGCAUGAAAUUAUACGAUGCAGUGAAUGGACACCAUCACUGCAUAUCGAAGUGGAGAGCAGUUUAUCUCAAGCAACCCGAAAAGAGGGCGUCGUCUUGACUCCGUACAUAACGGCCAAUUGCGAGGAUUCAAUAUUACUGCCACAUCUGUACAGAGUUCGCACCUACCAGUGCUGA